ACUUUACCCCACCGUUUGUCAGGCUAUUUGGCAAGUCCCCAAACGUGUGUCCGCCAAACAGACUUGUGUCCAGAAGGUGGCUAACAGGAUGAGGCCGGGCAGCCACGUGGGUCCCCGAGAGGGAUUACGGGGAGUGAGAAGAAGGUAAAGCGAUUAGACCCUAAACAGAAUCUGCUGUUUUAACCUCAUCACUGCAGGCACUCUGACAGCACACGGUGUCCAACAUUCUCCCACCCCGUCUCUCCUCUUCCUCUUUCUCCCGCCCCUGGCUCCCUCUGCUCGCCCAUCCAUGAAGCCGUCCACUGGGAUCCAACAAGGACGCCCUGGAACUUAUCAGCAGCGAUGAGGAAACUUGUCCUCACUCUGCCGGUGGACUCCACAUAAAGUCAUCCUGGAUUUAUCUAUUCAUUGUUUACUUUACAAAUGACCACCUAAACGGGGAGGACCUUGUUAACUGACCCACCAUGCUUUUCAAGUUAGGACUAUUCUUCUUCAUGUUGUGUCUGCACGGCCUCCAAGCAAGUCAAGUCAAAGACCUUCAAGACCACGGUAUUUCUGGACUCAGGGAUGUGAAGUACCGCCACUUUCUGGAAGCUUCUCGAAUAACGAAAUACAACAAUAAUAACCACAUACCCAGCAAGGAUGCCCAUCGGAGGAAGAGGUCGACCAUUCUCACCACCGGGGUCAAAGUGUGCCCACAGGAGACCAUGAAAGCGGUCAUCGGCAGCCAUCGAGCGUACUACAAACUCAGAGUUUGCCAAGAAGCAAUUUGGGAGGCCUUUCGCAUCUUCCUGGACAGGGUACCAAACACAGAGGAGUACGGAUCGUGGGUUUACACCUGCCAGCAUGAAAACCUCUGCAUGGACGACCUGGCUCAGAACUUCAGUAGCUCCCAGGAGCAUCUGGACAUGGUGGCGCGAAGAGUUGCCGAGCAGGCUGAACUUGAAGGGGUUGUAACCGAAACGCCAGACCCAGAAGUCGAAUGCACCUGGACCCCCCCGGUGAUUCUCAUUCCAGCAGAAGAUGAUGUGAUAAAAGAAGAGCCGAACAUGAUUAAAGAGAACUAUGGGGAGUUCGUUGUGGAGUUCAAUGCCACCAUGAUAGACGAGUCUUACAUCGAGCUGCUGCAAGACACCCAGGCUGCAGAGGUCAAUGACAUUACCAGAGAAAUAACAGACAAGAUGCUUCAUGCUCUUAAAAAGGUUCCAGGCUUCAAAGACAUUCGCAUGUUGGGAUUUGGCUCGGAGGGUGCAACUAUGCAUUAUGCUGUGGUCUUUGAUGGAGACACUGAACUCAGAGAUGACCCAGAGGCUCCAGGCAUAUUGACCAAUGGGGAUGCUGCUAGAUUAAGGGACAUGGUUGUCAAAGCCUUGCAAAAGGAGCCAUCGCUUCCGUUGGACACCCAGAAUCUUAGGUUUGAGGCUGCUUACCCAGAUGAAGACUUUAGAGUGUAUACAGUUGGAAAUGGAGAUGUGAAGACGGAAAACAAAUUUGAAAGCAGCACAAUCCAUCCUCGAACAAAAACCUUUGUGCCUUCAAUACCUACCGCACUGUCAGAGUCUAUCACGGUUGCUGAUGAAGUGCCAGUGGCAUCAGCAGUGGAAGAGGCAUCCACAGGUGACGCUUCAGGGGAGACAGUUGCAAUACAGGCAGCCAUCAUCGAGCAGGAACAGGAAGAAGAGGUUGAGGAGACUGAAGCUCCAAGCGGAGAGCAUGAAAGAGCGGACUUGGGUGAUAAUGAAGACUUAACCGCGUCACCAGCAGACGACCAACAUGAAAUUGUGAUCAUUGAUGAAGCUAACCUUCCGGAGUAUACCACCCCUGCUGUAGUCGAGAUCGUUAGCACCGAAGCAGAAAUUCCAGUCUCCACAUUGUCGUCUCACGAGGAUACGUUUCUAGACUUUGAGUCAGAACCUAACACAGAGUCUAUGCCGUCACCUGCAGAAGCCUCCAUUAAAAUCCCCAGUGAAGUUUCUAGUGGAAUCCCAGGUGAAACCAAUACCCAGCCUUUGAGCAAAAUCCCUGGCGAAGCCCCCAGCGAAGUUCCUAGUGAUAUCUCUGGCAAUGUCUACAAUGAGUCCCCAAGUGAAAUCCCCAGCGAGGGCACCAGUGAGGUUUCCAGUGAAACCUCUGGCAAAGUUCUCAGUGAAGAAUUCAGUGAAACUCACAAUGACCCCUUCAGCGAGGCUCCCACUACAGUGCCCAUUGAAGUCCCAAGUGAGGCAGCCAUUCAAGUCUCCAGUGAGGCCCUGAGUGAAGUCUACAGUGAAACCUUCGGUGAAGUCUUCAGUGAAGGACCCAGUGAAACCUACAGUGAAAUCCAGAGUGAGCGUUCUCUUGAAGUCUUCGGGGAAGUCCUCAGUGAGCCCACCGUUAAAGUUUCCAGCGAUGUCAUCACUGAAGCUCUCACAAAGUCUCCCAGAGAAAUUUCUAAAGAAAUCCCGGACAACGUCUCUAGUGAAGUCCCCAGCGAACUCCCCAAUAAAGUUCCCAAUGAACUCCAUAGCGAAGUCCCUAGUGAAGCCCCCUUUGAAGCCCACAGUCAGGUCCUAACUGAGACCCCCAGCAAAGACCCCAACCCAGUCCAAAGGGAAGGACAUGGAGAUGAUACCAGCGGAGGACGCAACAGCGUCACCCCAGUCUUGGCGGAACUUUCUCCUGAGACUUCUAACAACAUACAAGAUGAUGUCGAGCCCAGACAGGGUGGAACGGAAGUAACUGAGGCCCUGGAGGAGAGCAGCAUUUUUCAAUACCCUUCAGAAUCGGACGAGCGGUCUACAGCCGCACCAGCCAUGAGACAAGCCAGCACUCCUGUGAUGGCUGCGGUGCAGCAGAGCAGAGAGUUGGUAGUUUUCUUUAGCUUGAGGGUGACCAACAUGAUGUUUUCUGAUGACCUGUUCAACAAGAGCUCCCCUGAGUAUAGAUCACUGGAGAAUACCUUUCUCGAGCUGACUCAGCACUCUGGGCCCAGAAACUGGCCAAAUCCUGGAGCAUCCAGCAAAUCUGGGCCUAAGAGACAGACAACGUUAGCCUCCAUACCGCUCCUGCCUUACCUAGAGUCCAAUCUGACCGGCUUCAAGCAGCUGGAGAUCCUCAACUUCCGGAACGGCAGCGUGGUGGUGAACAGCAGGAUGAAGCUGGAGAAGGAGGUGCCGUACAACGUGACGGAGGCGGUGCACUGCGUGCUGGCAGACUUCUGCAGCGCCGCGUCCAAACGGCUGGACAUCGAGAUCGAUAGCCGCUCCUUGGAGAUCGAACCAGGGGACCCGUGCAAGUUCCUGGCCUGUAAUGAGUUUUCACGCUGUGUGGAGAACAGUUGGAGCGGCGAGGCCCAGUGUCUGUGCGAGCCGGGCUACAGCGCCGAGGACGGCCUACCGUGUCAGAGCUCAUGCGAACUGCAGCCCAACUACUGCCUCAAUGGAGGCCUGUGUGAAAUCAUUCCUGGACAUGGAGCCUCGUGCAGAUGUCCCGCAGGGAAGUACUGGCACUACCACGGCGAGCGCUGCAGCGAGCUGGUGUCCAUGCCCCUCGACCCCUCGCUCGUCAUAACCUGCCUGGUGGGAAGCCUCUGCCUGGUUUGCGCCGUUGUGGGCAUUCUGGUCUUCGUCAACAAAAAGUGCACGGCGACCAGGAAGGCGGUGACUUUGGUGCACGGCCUGGCACCCUCUGCCUUUGACAAUGCUUUGAGGGUGAACCCCGUGUAUGAGAGUGACGAUGGCUUCUUAAGUCAAGUGUCCACGUUGCCAUGUCCCUCCAGUUCCUCCUCGUCACAGUCUGAGCGGGAACUUUACGCCUCAGUCGAAAACAUACAUCUCAGUAUCGAGAUCCCCAGAAAACUCUACACCACCAGAUCCGAAAAGUUAAUGUCGGAGCUGGUGGACUUCCAUCAAUGCAUCCCGCACAAUGAGACGUGGCGACUGCCCAAUGAAUACCGAGCGUGUUUUCUUCUAUGGACGUCAGACGGCGAAGGCGGCGAAGCCACCGUGGUGUGACUGCGCCCGGCGUCCCGGGGCGAGGCUUGAUCUAUGCAUACUGUAUAUUUGAUGCCACGCCCCCUAACCUCCUCCCCCUGUAGAGAGCAGUUAGGUGGUGAAUUGCUCAUAGUGAAGAAUGCGUCUUGUUAGACAAGACAUUUCCACUACGGCUGCUCCAAUACAAUGUUUUCAUGUGUCAAUCAAAUAUUUAUUACGCAUAAUGAACGCUAGGAACACUUCCUGUACGCUACACUCUUGGCAAAGACUCUUCUUUCCUCACAAUGAGGUAUUUAUUAUUCACACAUGCUGGUAUCUCACAUUAGACUCCAAAAGAGGAUGAAUGUAUUCACUGAUGAUGUAUUUAGGUUGUUCCAAAACAGUGUGACUCAUUUUUUGUACACAUUUUACAAUUAAAGUAACCAAUGAAAUGUUUUUGCAUUACGAGUCUUUGCUUUUCUGACGUGACCGCUAAAUCAAAAUAGGACGGCAUGUUUCGAUGAAGUGAGUCACUCAGCGAACGCGGAAAGGGGACGCCUCUUUCGCACAAUUAGUCUGCAAAAACACUGUAAUCAAACUCAAGUAUGGGAUGAAUACUAAAUUCUAUACUUUUAUAGCGACUGACCCUGUACUGAUUAAAGGGGAACAUUAUCACCAGACCUAUGUAAGCGUCAAUAUAUACCUUAAUGUUGCAGAAAAAAAGACCAUAUAUUUUUUUAACCAAUUUCCGAACUCUAAAAGGGUGAAUUUGGCGAUUUAAACGCCUUUCAAUUGUUCGCUGUCGGAGCAAUGACCUUUCACCCGUGAUGUCACAACAGAAAGCCAUCCGCCAUUUUCUCAAACACAUUACACACACAAGUCAAAUCAGCUCUGUUAUUUUCCGUUUUUUUCGACUGUUUUCCGUACCUUGGAGACAUCAUGCCUCAUCGGUGUGUUGUCGGAGGGUGUAACAACACGAUCAGGGACGGAUUCAAGUUGACUUACGUGGAGUGUGCAUCGAUUAGCACGGCAUGCUAAUCGAUGCUAACAUGCUAUUUAGGCUAGCUGUAUGUACAUAUUGCAUCGUCAUGCCUCAUUUGUAGCUAUAUUUGCAUCCAGCCUUUCCCUCCACCCACAUUUAAUGCCAAACAAACACAUACCAAUCGACGGAUUCAAGUUGCACCAGUGUCAAAAGAUGUGAAAGUCUCUCGUUUGUUCUCCACAUUUUACCGACGAUAGCGAUGUGACAGAGAUGUGUGGAUAUCCUGCGACACUCAAAGCAGAUGCAUUUCCAACGAUAAAGUCAACAAAAUCACAAAGGUGAGUUUUGUUGAUGUUAUUGACUUAUGUGCUAAUCAGACAUAUUUGGUCGCGGCAUGACUGCCAGCUAGUCGAUGCUAACAUCUUAUUUAGGCUAGCUAUAUGUACAUCCAUCCAUCCAUUUUCUACCGCUUAUUCCCUUUUUGGGGGCGCCUAUCUCAGCUACAUUCGGGCGGAAGGCGGGGUACACCCUGGACAAGUCGCCAUCUCAUCGCAGAUAGACAGACAACAUUCACACUCACAUUCAAACACUAGGGCCAAUUUAGUGUUGCCAAUCAACCUAUCCCCACGUGCAUGUUUUUGGAAGUGGGAGGAAGCCGGAGUACCCGGAGGGAACCCACGCAUUCACGGGGAGAACAUGCAAACUCCACACAGGAAGAUCCCGAGUCUGGAUUUGAACCCAGGACUGCAGGAACUUCGUAUUGUGAGGCAGACGCACUAACCCCUUUGCCACCGUGAAGCCCUGUAUGUACAUUUAUAGCUAUAUUUGCAUCCAGCCUUUCCCUCCACCCACAUUUAAUGCCAAACAAAUACUUACCAAUCGACGGAUUUAAGUUGCUCCAGUGGUCAAAAGAUGCAAUCGUUGGUUAGAAGGCGAUUGCUGAAUAGCUUCAAUAGCUAUUCACUCAAUAGCUUUAGUUUCUUCUUCAAUUUCGUUUUCGCUAUCUGCCUCCACACUCCAACCAUCUGUUUCAAUACAUGCGUAAUCUGUUGAAUCGCUUAAGCCGCUGAAAUCCGAGUCUGAAUCCGAGCUAAUGUCGCUAUAUCUUGCUGUAUUGGCGUCACUAUGUGACGUCACAGGAAAAUGGACGGGUGGAUUUACAGAUAGCAAAAAUCAGGCACUUUAAAGCCUUUUUUCGGGAUAUUCCAUAUAGGGUAAAAUUUUGAAAAAACUUCGAAAAAUAAAAAGAGCCACUGGGAACUGAUUUUUAUUGGUUUUAACCCUUCUGAAAUUGUGAUAAUGUUCCCCUUUAACGCAACUCAAGCUGUAUUAUUUUUUGAUACAUUUGUUGCAUGUUUUUGGUUGCGUAUUUAUUUUGUUUCUUUUUUUGGCUGCUUUAAACAUUUAAACUUUUUAUUGGUUGCAAAUAUUUUUUGUUACACAUUUUUUUUGAUUGCAAAUACUUUUUUGGUUUUAAGUAAUUGUAUUGGUUUAAAAAAAAAAAGGGUUUGAAAAUCAAUAUUUGUUUGCAAAUGAUGUUUUGGUUACAAAUGCUAUUUUUUGGUUGCAUAUUGAUUUUAGGUUCCAAAAAACCCAAUUUUUUGGGUUGCAAAUUUUAUUUUUUUUGCUUGCUGUCAUGUCUUGUGAUCAUGUUUUGUUUAGUUAUGUUCUGUUUUGUUUAAAACUCCAUUGCUUCCUUUUUUUCCACUCUCUUGUUUUAUCACCGUGGCGACCCAUUAGAUUCACCUGUCUCAUGUGUUGGACUCACGCACCUGUUUCAAUCAUGUCAUUAUUAUCUAAACAUGGUUUUUCAGUUGGUCGUUCUGGCAUCAUUGUUUCAUGAUCUUUUCACACUCUGCGUCAUGCCAUGUUUACUCUUUCUUGCAAUUUCAUAGUCCAUGCUGCCCUGCUCACGUCAACCCAAGCAAGUUUUUUUGUUUAUUUAUGCCAAAGUUAGUGUCUUCUGUUCUAUGUCCUUAGUUUACGUCAACGUGCUUUUUUAUUUCCUUAGCCAAGUUUUUGUUUCUGCCUUGUGCGCGCCUUUUGUUUUCAAAUUUUAUAGUAUUAUUAAAUCAUGUAUUUACCUUCACACC